UUUCAGCUCUAAUAAUAAACUGUUUCCACCUCUGGUCGAGGAUAAGACGACAAUUAUCUGAACAUUUAAAAUAAACCGUAUAUUUGUUGAUUUCCAGGUACUUGAGGAAGGCAAAGAAACUUCCACGGAAUCCCCAGGUUUUGCUGUUUCUUUAGAAAUCGAAAACACUGACAACUGAAGGACUGUAGGCAGUGACAUCCGAACGAACGAUCUAAUAAAUAACUUGUGAAGCCGCCAUGGACACUGCAUCGGUUCCCAAGACGGGCGACUUCUUCUACGGCUGGGAUCUGCUCUACAAGACCAUCCAGUCGGAGGUGGCCAAGAAGUCGGACCUGCUGGUUGCCCUGGUCCACUUUCUCCUGACCAAACACUACAACUUUCGAUGCGUUGGCAUCGGCGACGAUAAAACCUUGCCGGAGGAGGAGGGCAGUGAGCUGCUGCCGGACAGCUGGAACGAUGACGAUACCAAGUACUCGCUGCGUUAUGUGCAUGACAAGUGCCUCUACCUGCUGCUGGGCCACAUCACCGAGGACGCCCUGCUGAUCAACCUGAUGGACAUCAACACCAAGAAGGUGUCUAACAUUUGCGUGGAACCAGAGACCCUCGUGGCAGCCGUCAAGGGAGGCAUUACCACCUUGAUGCCGAGCGCCUCGGAGAUUGUCGAGCGCUAUCGCCGGGAGCUCUUGGACCCGGUCUUUACUGGCAAUUCGCGUGAGGUCACCACACAGACGACCACCUCGCCACGUCCCAGCGUAUCGGAUCCGGAUCCCUUGCGCAUUGGCGAGCCCAGACGUGGAGGGUCCUUCAUUCCGGGUGGAUUCGAGCCGCGCCCUUUUGGCUUUCCAGACAUCGGCCGCGGAGAUCUGGAUCCACUAGGUCGUGGUGGCUCUGGUAACCUGUUUGCUUUUCCAUCGCGCCCAAAUAUGGGGCCGGGACCCUUGCCGCGCUUCGAUCCGUUCAGUCCCCUCAAUCCCAAUGUGCCGGGUCAGGGUGGAAUCAAUCCGGAUCACAUGCGCCCACCAAAUUGGAAUCCCGAUUACUACAUGUGAUCAUCAGGAAUGCCAUUAAGAGUAGACAUUCACUUCGAUGUGGCCCAGGCAUUAUCGCACCUAUGUAUGAUAUCUAUAUAGUGGUUGCAAGGUCGUCUGGUCCCAGGACUGGACUCGACUUGACACGCCUAAAUGAGCUGGAAAUACGAAAGGCCCAGCUGAAAGCGAGAGUCGAUCCAUCGACCGGACCAACUCGCUCUGCAAAACUGGAAACCGCUGCGAUUUUGGAGUUCAAGUUAAACGUGUGCAGUGGGUCAGGCUGCACUUGCGAGGACGAACCAGGUAAGGCUGGGGCUUCUUCGAGGAAGCCACUACCAGCAGACCUGCACACCAGACCAUCACCAUCAUCAUCUGGUUGCAACCGUAAAAAAGUUGCAGUUAACGGCAACUGGUUUCGAACGGUGGUUGGGAGCAACUUUUGACCUGCGGCCAGUGGGCAAAAACAAUGUCCAACCGGUUCAGUUAAAAAUACCAUAGCAAAGACAACGAUAUACUAUAAUACACUAUAUAUGUAUAUAUAUUUAUAUGUUAUAUGUGGCGAUUGGGCCGUGUAUGUAUUCGGUUGGUGGGCUUUAGUAAAAGUCGCCAAACGAAAGACUUAGGAAACGAACUUGCUUGGCUUGAUUUGCCUUUUAAUUAGAUUAUGGCUAAUUAUAGGCAACGCUUGUUCGGCCACAGCAUUUCCCGCUCCAGUUUUGGGGUCGCACCUUAAAUACUGCGCUCCGAAGGCCGUCGCAACUAUUGUUCUUGCCCUGACAAAUGUGGCACGUGUGCUGCAGUGGCAGCAACAAUGACAGUGUUGCUUUUGCAACUACUGCGGUUACUCAGCAAUAGUUAAAAAAAAAAAAAUAGGAAAAACAGAAAAAAAAAUGUCUUUUGUCUGGCCAACUCUCGCAAAUCUCAACCUUGGCGCGCCCCUUGCCUCAGUUUUUGCCGCACGAAACAUGCCAAGAAACCCGGUGUAUACCCAUAUUGUGUGUUGCAAUCGGAGCACAGCUUGAUAUUAUGAUUUGAUUUCCAUUUCAUUUGUUCCCAGCCACAUGCAAAUUCGAUUGGCAACGCCCACGCAACGAAAGGUUUCGCAAAAAAGCAAGCCAGAAACUGUCAUAAGCUGCAAAAAUGUAUAUUGGCGCCAUACCAAUUGAGCAAAAAGUGGGUAUAAUGUAAUUGCCGGACCACAAUAAGUGCUCAAGGAUUGGCCAUUAAUUAAACGCGCUUGUUGAAACCCAAUGUGUCUGGAAGAUCAUUGAUCGCAGUUAGCUGGCUGCUGGCUGUGCGUGUGGUCCUGCUUUUGAGUGUUGCGCCCACACCGGCAACUAGCAACUGGCAACUAGCAAGCAGCAACUAGCAACAUUCACGCCAGCAACAUCAGCGUCAGUCUAAUUAAUUAAUUUACAUGCAGCAGCUGGCUGUAGACUCCACAAAUGGAAAUUUGUCUAUGCAUGCAGCACACAAAAAUGGUAGUUGUGUGCCAACUAAGCCGAUGCUAAAAUGCUCUGACUGGGAAUAAAUUUAAAUUGAAACCAUGAUCGUUAAUUCAAACAGGCUUACUUACUUUAGAUUUCAAAAUUUAUGUUUAACGCUUCUGCUGGGAAGUUCAAAUGCAAUUUAUUUGUAUGCCUUAGUAAUGAAUUUGAUUGAAAUGGGUAUGCAAAAUAAACAGAAAAAAGCUAAACUAAAAUAAAAUGUGUAGUUUACAUCACACCAAAUAAAUAGUGAGUCUUAAAUAAAGAUAAAAAAAAUGAAAGUCUCACAGUUGGGGUUGACAAUCAAUUUUAAUGUCAUAGUUAAGUGGCUGAUAAUUACACAAAAAAUCAUAAAAUGAAAUAUGAAAAUUGGUAAUAACAUUAAAAUAUUAAGUAAGCCAUUUAAAAAAGCUUAAAUAAAUAUUUCUGAGUAUACAAAAUCAAUUUAAGCCACCAACUCCUAUAGAGAAGUGCAGGGGAUCUGUCUAAUAAUUUCACAAAAAAUAAUGAAAUGAUAUAUGAAAAUUGGUAAAAAAACUAAAAAAAUAUAACAAACCAUUUAAGCAAUCUUUACAAAUAUUUCAGGCUAUACAAAAUCAAUUUAAAACACAAACUCCUGCAGAGAAGUGCAGGGGUUCCACAAAAUUGAUAGUUAUUGCUGCAGCCACACAUACUUUUUGCACAUAACACCUAUCAUAUCACAGUUCACAUCGCUGAGAGCUCCAUUUAUUUGCAUACUGGCCAGAUUUCCAAUGAAAAGCGUUGCGUGUGGAAUGGCAUUCAGUAUGCACGUAUGCGCUGAUGUCUCUGGGCUGGCACAUUCAAAUGCAAUUCGGUUAACCCGAGAGAUAGCAGCGGCUAACAAGCGCUGACAGCGGCUAAUUAAACAAACAAGCUGCUGGCCCUAGACGGCAGUAAAAAAAAAGAUAGAAAUAAAAAAAAACAGGCAGCACAGAGACAAAAAGACAAUGGCAGUGACAAGUACAAGGGUCUUUGGACCACACUCAGACUCAUAAACAAGGGCCAACAUGGCCAUAAAUUAUCUUUCCCGUGGUGUGCAUGUUUGAAGUCGGCGGCAAUUGGCAAUUGAUUAACUUGACACUCUCGGCAUGCAAAGUUCGUUUUCAGUUUUUCAGCUUCUCUGCCAUUUCCCGAUACUCUCCGUUGCUGUAUUUAACCCCCGGUUGACACAAACAAGUAGUCGAAAAAACAGGCAAUCUUCAGGUUAGCGGGGAGGGGAAAAUGGAAAAUUGCAGUGAAAGACUUGCCAUGACAAGAGCAAUUUGCAUGGCCAAUCUGUGAUGACCUCGUCACGAAUGAAAACGAAUUGAAUGAAUGACUUUCGUUAUUAUUUUCAAUUUCAUUUGUUUUCCUCUCGAUCUUCAUUGUCUUCGGCCCGCCGGCAAUUUAUUUGUAUUUUCGCUGUUGACAUUUGGCUGGCAGCAACUCUAUUUGUGGGCAUUUACAAAGGAAGCCGCCUCAGAGGCCACACGAUCCCCUGCACUUGAUGCCCUUUCUUGGCCAUCUCCUGGCGGCCGAGGAUUUCAAUAUUUGAACUGAAUAAUCGGCACAUCCAUGCCCAUGUACUUAGCCUAAUGCAUUAUGCAUGGAUCCAUUGAAUUCGCUUGAAAACUUCUUGACAUUUUGGGCUCCAGCAGCAAAUUGCCACAGCAAUUGAGUGUAAAGCAUUUGGCAAUUUCUGGCACGCAACAGCAAUAUUUUUGAGGCGGAAUAUGUUAAUUAGGGCCUGGCUGCAAUUGCAGCCACCCAAAAAAAUACCAAGAACCACUUGAGAGACCUCCAAAAAAAAAUAUCCAAAAAAAAA